AUGGCUCAGGCUAUGCAGAACCAACUGAAUGCUGACGAGAAUGCUGGAUCUCGUAGUUUGGCGACUUUCCAAAGGGAGAAUCCGCCGGUGUUCAAGGGUACGCAUGACCCUGAUGGUGCUCUUGAUUGGUUAAAGGAGCUCGAGCGAAUCUUCCGUGUUAUGGAUUGCACUCCUGCUCAGAAGGUCAGAUAUGGCACUCAUAUGCUGGCUAAGGAAGCUGAUGAUUGGUGGUUGAAGACUCUUGCUAGGUUGGGGUUUUCAGGUGAGGAAGUCACUUGGAAUGUGUUCCGUAGGGAAUUUCUGAGGAAGUACUAUCCUGAAGAUGUUCGGGGUAAGAAAGAGAUAGAAUUCCUAGAGUUGACACAAGGGAACAAGUCCGUGACCGAGUAUGCUGCCAAGUUCACUGAGUUGAUUAAGUUCUAUCCUCACUUUGAUGGCGAAGGUGCUGAAUUUUCUAAGUGCAUCAAGUUUCAGAAUGGGUUACGCUCAGAGAUCAAGAAGGAUGUUGGGUACCAAAAGAUCCGUUUGUUUUUUGAUUUGGUUGACAGUUGUAGGAUCUUUGAGGAGGAUAGUAAUGCUCAUCACAAGAUGGUUAGUGAUAGAAGGGGCAAGAAUCAACAAAGCCGUGGGAAACCGUAUGAUGCUGGUAAAGGGAAACAAAGAGUUACUCAUGGUCAGAGAUUUGGUAACAUGGGACAUGCAAUGUCUGAUUGUAAGCAUAAGGACAUGGUAUGUUUCACGUGUGGCGAAGAGGGACACAUUGGUAGCCAGUGUCCAAAGAAGAAGGCACAAUCUAGUGGAAAGGUGUUUGCUUUAGCUGGGACUCCUACAGCUAGUGGAGACCGACUCAUCAGAGAUUGGGUCUUAUGUUGUCUUCCAUGA